GCGAACGACAGAUUAGUUGAAAACGCCGAGGCAGCAACAGCUCAUAGAAAGCGGCAAUAGCAGCAAAAUUUUUGUGAACGCGCGGUUUUCAAUGUGCAAUUAAAAUACCACAAGGCAAGAAGAAGAGUGCAAAAAAGGUUUUCCACUUUAAAAUAGUGAUGUUAUAAAUUAAAAAAAAAAGUGUUACCAUUGCGAAGUGUCGAAGUAGCAUUGAGUACGAAAACAAAAAAUAUGCCACGAAAUUUGUAUGUGGAAAGAAAGUUGAGUGAAACGUAGAGAAGCGCAAGAGCAAAGCGACGGAAGAAACGAAAACCGAGAAAAAACGAAUAUUAAAACAAACGCACUUCCAGUCGAUAGCAAUAAAAAUAAUAAAACGUUAAUUUGUAGCCACAAAAACACUAAAACAAUAACAAACAGCAUACCAAUCAGCCGCUAUUACAAAUACAUAUAUUGCAUAUUUGGACAGCGGUUUCGGUCGACAUUCAAUCCAUUCGAACGGCUGCAAGUAAAAGUGAUUUUGUUACCGGCCACAACGCACGUCGCCUGUGCUAAACAGUUUCAACAUACAUACAUUUUAUUACGACAUUCAGUUUGGGGCUUUUUCUUGUUGUUGUUGUGACAUUGCUUGGUUCGCGCUGAACGCAUAACUUCAAGUGACGUAUUUGCAUUGAUCAAACCAACUCGCUGCGAAAAGAGUUGCUCUUUUAGGAUAAAAUAUUCGAUAGUGGCUGUGGAUCGAAGAUCACUUUUACUAGCUGGAAGCUGAAAAAUAAACAAUAAAUAAAAACUAACAAAAUGAAGCUGUUCUACAUAUUGGCGCUAACGCUUCCUCUACUGGCUCACGGCUAUCCCGCACAGAGUGAAGAUAAAUCCCUCUCACUGGAGGAGGUUGAGCUUCCCGACAGCGAUCACGCCGCCACAGACGGCGAAUCACAAAUACAAAAACGCUCUGGCAGUUUUGAUUAUGUAGCGCAUCUGAAAUCUGGUCUACUCUCGAGCAUCGGACAGGCCUCAGCCUCCAUAGCGUCGGGCAGUUCGGGCGGCAGUAGUAGCAGUGGUGGCGAGAGCUACAAAUCAUACGAGUCGGCUCAUGGCAAUUCUGUAGAAUACAAUCCAUGGUCGUUUAAGAAAUCAGUGCUCAAUACUAUUUUCCAAGCGGUUAAGGCAAUCACCGGCGGUGUGACAGCACUGAAGGGUCAACUCAUAAAGGGUAGCGGUUAUGCGUUGAGCGCCAGUGGCAAUUUGGUUGCCGCUUCGGGUGAUAAGGUCACCGAUGUUGGCAAAGCUAUCAUCAAUUCGGCGCAAAUUAAUUCACAUGGCUAUGGUGCUGUUGUUGCUGUGCAUCCUUUCGCCAAAUUCAGCUCAUUCUCGGGUGCUUCGUCGGGCGGCAGCGGCGGAACUAAACACACUGCUGGUCCAGUUGUGCACACAGAAACCAUUACAACAUACGAAAUACCACCCGGCCACAGCAACUAUGGCCCCCCCUCAAAGCCGCCAACCUAUAGCUCAGCAACGCAUCAAUACUUGCCACCAGGGACGGGCGGUUACAGCGGCGGUGGCGCACCGUUUAGCAGCGGACAUGCGGCAUUUGAAGCGCCCGCUAGCAAUUAUCUGCCCACUGGCUAUGCCAAUGAAGGAAACGAUGACUUCAACAUUUAUGGCCGCCAUCAGAAACUUAGCGAAGCGGAUACACGCAAAGCUGCUGCGCAACUACAAGAAAUCCUUAGCCUGCUGCCUAAUGGCAAAACAGAAUUCACCGCAUCGAAAACAGUCGUGCUGGACACACACAGCCACUCGCCACACACCGGCCCAGGUGCUGAAUUAACAAAUGAGAGCGCUGACUUGCAUACAUAUGGCUUGCAGAAUGAUUUGGGACCACUGGAGUCCCUUUCACACACCGAGUCCAUAACAGCAGCAUAUGGCCAGCGGCCAGGUAAUGCGCCAGAAAAUCCUGCGGACAUUUAUCGCCAAAUGGCUAAGAAGCAAACGGCGGAGGAGAUUUACAUACAAAAGCACCCAAAUGAGGGUUAUGACUAUCGGCCAACGAAUCCACCAGCAGCUAGCAAUGGCAAUCAGGGUGGCGGUUAUCACUACAACAAUUAUCAUGCAACAAGCAGCGCGUUGAAAGAUCUGACACCCAUUAUUGCAGCUUUAGAGGUGGCCAAACGGCGUGGUACCACACAAGCUAACGUGAGUAAACAUUUUGCCGUUGAGAAGAGCGUCUACAAAGUAGAUCCACGAACGGCAGCUAAGUCAAGCAAUCAAUUCAAAUAUCUGGCACCUUCUGUGCAAAAAACAAAGCAUAUAUACUUCGAUCCAGCGCAAAAUAAGGCUGAUAAUGAAUAUAGGCCAACAUAUGUGCCACCACCACCACCAUCACAACCACAACGACCGCAGGCAGUAGCGUCCGGCUCCGCACCAUCAGCUGCGGUAGCAGCGCCGUCACAUACGUACGCCGCACAACAACACUCUGUCGCAUAUGCAGCUCAACAGGCACCUUCACUUACCGUACAACAUGCGCCGGCUGCGUCAUCUUCCUCCGCCUCGUCCUCCUCCUCCUCCUCUGCCUACAAGGUGCGACGUCAAGUGCCGUCGGGCUCUUCGAUUACAGCGCUCAAGGUACAGUCCAAACUGGGGCCGUACUUCAACCACCACGACUACGAGAUAAAUGAUCCGCUCAUGUUCAAUCGCAUGUUGUUGUUUUAAGUGAAACGGCGUAGCGAUCGGCCUACCCACACUGGGUUAAAGGAGCACAACGAAAGCAUUACAAAUUGCAUUUUUCUUAUACAUAUAUAUUUAUUUAUUUAUUAUUUAUUUAUUUAAUUACACUACAAUUUCAUGUAAAGUAGCUUAAGUGAAUGAAUGGCUUUGCAUUUAUCGGAACAGUUGUCGAUAAUAAUCGAAACAAAUAUAUUUAUUGUCAAUAAAACCGUCAGUCAUUAGUAGUAGGUCUGAAAAGAAAAAAUAACAAAAAUAUAUCUACAUAUGUAUGUAUUGACAACAACAUAAUUCGAUAGAGUGUAUUCAUCUAGUUUCUUACUUUGAAAGUAUGUAAUUACAAAGAGAUUUUGAAAAAAAAAAAGAUAUUAAUAUUGGCAUUUAUUUGCGUAUGUCACCCAACCAUUUUACACCUGUAGCUCCUAUCGUUAACUCUGCACUUUCACACUAAAUUCUCCUUCUAUCUCACUCCCGCACUUAGUUUAGUUUUUGCUCCGUCAUCCUCAGCCGAACCUCACUUCUUUAAGUGCUUCAUUUAACUAAUUCUUAC